AUGUCGCCGUUCACGCGGUCCUCGUGUGUGGCUCUACUCGGACUGCUGCUUCUCCUAGGAUCCGCUUGCCACGCGCAGAAAGUCGUCAGGCUAGGAUUUCUGCUGCCGUAUCCCGAGGGCGACAGCGCGGUUCCAGAAAGGCUAGCCAACGAAUGGAUUUCGGCGGUUCGCGUUGCUAUGGAGGUGCUGGCUCCCGACUACGAGGGCGCGUUUCUUGUCGAGCCAUUCGUGAAGAACUCGAGAUGUAACAGCACCGCUGCUGCUGAAGCUGCUAAGGAGCUGGUGGCGGGUGGAGUGAUGGGCGUGGUGGGGCCGGCAUGCUCCGAGGCGGUCGCGGGAGCCAACACGGUCUUCAAGGAGGCCGGCAUUCCGUUCAUUUCGUUCGCCGCUACUGCUGACGCGUUCGCUGACGACGUGGCGUUCCCCACGUUCUUCCGCACGGUGUACGCGGACCAGCACCAGGCGCGCGCGAUGCUCUCUGUGAUUAAGUACUUCAACUUCAAGCAGGUCAACCUCUUCCACUCCGCCGAGCUCUACGGCAGAUCGCUAUCGGGCGUGCUCAAGAGAACGCUCGGAGACGCGGCGACGCAGAUCGAGAUCGCGUAUCCCGGGACGGACAACCCCGUGGACUACGAGCCCUACUUCGAUGGCGUGAAGUUCAACGAGGGCACCAUCAACGUCUUCAUCACCCUCCCCAACGUCGCCGAGAACCUCUGGAAGGCCGCAUACAACCUGAACUACACCAAGUUCCCGUGGUGGUACCUCGGAUCCGACGGUGCUGUGGCGUUCGAUCUGGUGACGGACGGUGAUGAGCUCAACCACCUGACGCACGCGCUGCAGGGCGAGAUAGGCGUCGCGCCGUACAAGGGUAACUACAACCCCCGCAACUCUCCUUUCGUGCGGUUCAUGGACUUCUGGAAGGAGAAGUCGCACGAAACGUACCCCGGCCUGCUCAGCCUCGACGUCUCGCCCAGGUAUACUGAAGCUCGUGCGUACGUCACCAACCUGGUGGAUGCCAUUUGGGCCUUCUACCAGGCGUUCAGCCACAUCAUCUCCGUCAACAAGGACGAUGUGACGUCAGCAGCAGUGAUUGACUGCUUCAAGGACAAGCCGUCUGGGUGCCUGCGUUUCAACGGAGCGUCAGGCACAAUGUCGUUCAAUAAUGUGACUGGAGAGAGGGACUCGGAGGCCCAGACCCCCGAGUACGGCUUCUACAAUCUGAUUGACCAGACGUGGAAGGAGAAGAGCAAGUGGGUGCUGAACCAGAAGGACAUUAACCCUGACCUGCAGUACGUGCUUCGGCCCGGACCUCUGCCUGCGGGUUGGAGGGGCAAUCUGACGCUUCAAAUGGAGGCCCCUCAGGCGAUCAUUCCCAAGAUGUCGGAGAUUGGCGUUGCCGUGACGUACAACCAAAUGGAGGCAAGCAAAAAUGCACAGAGUGCUAGUGCCAGCAGUGGUGGUGGCAGUAGCAGCGCGGCCAAUGCGGGAGCGAUCGUGGGGUUGGUGCUGGUGGUACUGGUGGUGGUGUGCUUCCUGUCCUACUCCGCCUUCUUCCUCUACAAGCGUUACAAGCGCCACCCGGAGCACCAACAGUUCGUGCGCAUGCUGUAG